AUUGGUCAACAGCUUCAAGGGGCGUGACCCUGCUGCCCGUCAAUCAGUGGAGUGUGUUGAAAGUUCAUUUCGUAACUCGCUCCUCUAGCUCGACCAGAUAAGCUCUAUAUACACAUUUUCCAUCAACUGAGCGCAGCAGAAGGUAUCUUUCGUAUAUGUCAAUGAUGGCUGCUUUGUGUCGUUCUGUGGGGUUUUGCGCCGCUCAUCUACACACAACCAGUCGUUCCUCUGCCAAACAGCAUUACAAAAUGUUGGUGCUAGGUGGAGGAAGUGGAGGAAUUGCAAUGAGUGCACGCAUGAAGAGGAUGUUGGGAGCUGAGAACGUGGCUGUAGUGGAGCCCAGUGAGAUGCACUACUAUCAGCCUCUGUGGACUCUGGUUGGUGCGGGUGCUAAAACAGUUGCUUCAUCAGGAAGGCCCACAUCAAGCGUUAUACCAUCUGGUGUCAGAUUGGUGAAAUCUAAAGUUGAGGAAAUAAACCCGGAUACAAACACCGUCCGCACUGAUGACGGAACUAAGAUGUCGUAUGAUUAUCUGAUUGUGGCUCUUGGUUUGCAGCUUCACUUUGAGAAGAUUAAAGGGCUUCCUGAGGGAUUUGAGCAUCCAAAGAUUGGAUCCAACUAUUCUGUUGAAACUGUGGAGAAAACUUGGGCAGCUUUAAAGACCUUCAAAGAAGGCAACGCUGUGUUCUCCUUUCCAAACACGCCAGUUAAAUGUGCUGGAGCGCCACAAAAGAUAAUGUACCUCUCAGAUGCUUUCCUCAGAAAAACAGCAAAGAGGGCAAAGGCCAAUAUCGUUUACAACACAUCGCUCCCUGUAAUUUUUGGGGUGAAGAAAUAUGCUGACUCACUUUGGGACAUUGUGAAGCAACGUGAUAUCGAAGUCAACCUGCGGCAGAACCUGAUUGAAGUGCGAGCAGAUAAACAAGAAGCUGUGUUUGAGAAUCUUGACAAACCGGGCGAGAUUACAGUCUUUCAGUACGAUAUGCUUCAUGUCACCCCACCCAUGGGACCCAACUCUGUGAUAAAAGGCAGUCUGCUGGCUGAUGAGGCUGGCUGGUUGGAUGUCGACAAGGAAAACCUUCAACACAAGCGGUACCCAAACGUGUUCGGCAUUGGAGACUGUACAAACUUGCCGACUUCAAAGACGGCUGCUGCUGUCGCCGCACAGUCUGCAAUUCUGAACAGAACCAUCAAAAAGAUAUUGAAAAAUGAAAAACCAGAUAAAAAGUACGAUGGCUACACAUCAUGUCCACUGGUGACCAGCUACAACACGGUCAUUUUGGCCGAGUUUGACUACAACGGUCAACCACUGGAAACAUUCCCCAUCAACCAAGCCAAGGAAAGGAGGCUCAUGUACCACAUGAAAGCUGAUGUGAUGCCGCAUCUCUACUGGCAUGGGCUCCUCAGGGGCCUAUGGGGAGGACCAGAACCAUUCAGGAAACUCCUGCAUCUUGGAAUGAAAUGAUUGCGGAUGAUGAGUCAUCAGUGGGCAUAUUUGAAAAGCCGCUUUUCCUGAACAGGAUAUAUGUAAGCUUGAGCUUUUAUAUGAGCAAAGAAUAAAAUGGCGUUUCUUGUUUGUAUUCAGCUUCUCUUAAAGAGAACGUGCUAUGCUAAAUGAAGAAAAUAAUUCCCUCAACAAAGGGGUUCAUUGCUAAGCAUCAGCUGCUUUGUUUAAAGCCAAAACAAAGAUAUUGGCGAUAGGACUCGCGUACCACAGCAUUAGGUACACUUGUAUAAUCUAAUUGGCCCCUUCCUUUACAGUAAGAUAAUAAAUGUGAUUGACACAAGCAUUGAUUCAGUAAUUAAGGAAUACUGUAUAAUAGUAAACAAUAACGUUGAAUUUUGUUAAAUUAUUACUCAUCUGAAAUGGUUGUCGCAAGAAUCAAAUGACAUACAAUGCAUUUCAAAUUUCUUUAAUUUUAUUGCUAUUAAUGUGACAAUUAGUUCUGUUCACUGGAUCCCCCCACCCCAUGAUCCUUUUGCCAACUAUGUAAACUUCAUUGUAAUUCUUUCUCAUUGUUAUCAGUUGAAAUGGCUUUUAUUGCACUAUACAACCAGCUCUCAGUAAGGCUUUUGGUCUGAAAUUGGCUGUGGGACAAUAAAUUUUUUUCACAGUUUAA